AUGGAUGCUGAAACCAACCUCCUGGUUUCCCUCCGCCUUAUGUACGGAUUCAACCCAUCCCCUACUGCUCAAACACCCCACCCUCAAGCACCCAACCUCCGGAGUUGGUCAGAUGUCCUGGGUGUCAUCGGGACAAAAUCAGAACCUGAUGUCUCAGACCGAGACAAGGUUCUAAUUCGCGAGUUCAUUUCAUGCCUCAUCGACAGCUCUUCGGGAUUGCCAGCACCCUCCGACGACCUCAACGCAACAUCGGAUCAGCCUUUGGCAACAUCCUUUGCGCUCGACACUGUGGAACGCAUCAGUGAGGACCUAUACGUGUUCAAGCUACCUCCUUCCCCCUCUUGCAAAUGGGUCAUCGGUGUUGAUCGCCCCACGACUGUUCUUUACAUCUGUCGACUGGUCGCCUCCGCUCCGAACACGCAUACGGCCUCCUCGGAGCCCGAACAGCUCAAUCUCCCAUACGCAGACAACGCCAACCGUUUUAACAAGCACCAAUUCACGACAGCAGACUUCGACAGUGCUAUGCUCGAGUGCCGCGCGCUGCUGGGCCGCCCGCAAGGGCGAGCUGCAAUACUUCGCGGUGGCAUUGUAGGGAGGAUUGCAAGGGAAUUCGGUAGUAAGGAGUCUGGGUUGCAAGGACCGUCCAUCGAGGUCACAGUGCAUCAUUCGGGGUACUUUGUCCCGUCUAAACACGACGGGUAUUUCUACUGGGAUGACGACCUCACUGGUGAGGAGAUUGCAUGUUUGUGUGGGACAUACUGCCUCUAUACAGGUAAGGGCGUGGCGAGCAGACAACAACGGUCUCGUGGUUCCCUCCUCCGGACGUUUGGGACAAGCAGGGUUAUGGCUGGCCAGGAUGGACGGAAACUAACGAGGAGUUUUUCCAGCAGUGGAUAG